UUCAGAGGUUAAUUGAAUCAUCCACCAAAAUCAUUGUGUUUGACUUCACUUGUUAUGGCCACAGCCAUGGCCAAGCCUUCCCACGCCACAAUUAUCGCCGCCCUCGAGCAAGAACCACUAGCGGCGUCGCCCUCUCUUCCUCCCCCGACACCCAUUCCGCCACCGUUAGUCACCGUAAAAACAGAACUGUAUCAGCCCGAACAACAGAAACCACAAGAAGAAGAACCCACGUUCUUCAAAUCCAUCAACGACCUUGCCUCACACGCCUCCGCCAUCCUCGCUUUCAAAAGUAAAUUCGACGAACUAACGAAACACCUCGAUUUCAUCAACAAGGCCAUCGACUCUAAGUUCAACGAGCCGCAACAAGAGGAGCAACACCCAAAAAUUGAACCCCAACCUUGUCUCAAAUCAACGCAAACGAAAUAUGAAACGGUACGAAAAGGACCCAAAGCAGCUCCUCCUCCGAAAUCCUCGUGUGACGGAAUCCAAAGCCAUUGCAUGAGUAUGCGCAGCAAAAUGGUCCGUAAAUACAUUGUUAAACGUUUAUCGUUACUCCCGAUGCUUCGAGAAGAAGUCCCCGUUGCUCUAAAGCUUGCCCCAGAACCAGCCAAAUUGGUUUUAGACAGCAUUGGAAAGAGUUUUUUAAUGGGAAAAAAUGCUUAUACCAAGGAAGUGUCCGCGAGAUGGUCAAGGGAAGCUAACCUUUUGCUGUUGGAGUUUUUCCUUCUGAUGAUUGGCGGUGAAGGUGAGAUUAAAAUUUCGGCCAACGUUAAGGUAGAAGCGGAGAAUAGAGCUGUUGCAUGGCGAAAGAGGUUGAAUGACGAGGGUGGUUUGUGCAAAGCCAGUGCAGCUGAUGCAAGGGGUUUGCUGCUUUACGUUUCUUGUUUUGGGAUUCCCAAAGUGUUCUCCAAUGAGGAUUUGAGGUUUUUGCUUAAGUUGAGUGAUCUCAAAGGCAUCUCGGAUGCUGUAAAGGCCUCUCCUUGGCUUCCUGGGAAAAUGCCAGGUAUCAUAAAGAGUAUGGCGAAGAAUGGAAUGCAUUUUGAAGCUGGGGAGGUUGCUUCUAUCUUUGGGCUUGAGGAUAAAUUCUCCCCUAAGACAAUUUUGACUUCAUUCUUGCAAGAGUCUACUAAAGCAUUCGAGAGGGAAAAAGUAGUAGCACGUAAAUCACCCGUGUUGCUGAGAAGGGCUAAUGAAAAGCUAUUAGCUGCUCUGAAAUCGAUAGUCCGUUAUUUGGAAAAUCGUGGUAGUGAUGCAAUGGAGCUCUCAUGUCUUGUCAAAGAGAAGAUAGUGAAGUUGGAAGAAGAAAUUGCUGCUGGGCUUGAUAAAAGGAUUGUGAAGAAAAAGGAGCUGAAGAGAAAACUGGAUGAAAUGGGAUCAUCAAGUACGAUUAAGAGCCAAGAAAUGAAGUGUUCACGGUUUGAUACCAAAGGGUCCCCUUUGCCAAAAUCUCAUGUAAAUCAGUUGCACGAGCAACCGACUGCUAUUCUGGCCGAAGGCAAUGGUUUGGUCCCUAAUUCUUGUAAUGCCAACAAUGAUCCUGUUGCCUCUUCUGCACUACAUGGAUCAACAUGUUCUUUUCCUGGAAAUGAGACAGUCCAGAUGGGAGGAACCACUGGUGUUGAAAGCAGCGAUAUCGGUGUCAUCCCAGCAAGUUCUAUUCUGACCGAAGGCGAUGAUUUGGUCCCUAAUUCUUGUAAUGCCAACAAUGAUCUCGUUGCCUCUUCUACUCCACAUGGAUCAACUUGUUCUCUUCGAGGAAAUGAGACGGGCCAGAUGGAAGUAACCACUGGUGUUGAAAGCAGCGAUAUCGGUGUCAUCCCAGCAAGUUCUUAUUCUGGGGCUGAUGGGGCAAUUGAAGUUGGUAAGGCUGACCAAAUGAUGAGCGAAAAUGGUCUGACAUAUGGUCGACAUGGCUGCGGUGUGCAAUCUGCAUCCAUGUGGUUUGUUGGUUUAUUUGGGUCAUCACUAUCUUUAGAAGGCUUUGUUGGUCUGCCGGAUAAUUCUGUUAGGACAUCGGCAGAUCUAUAUCGGUUUGCUGAUACUUUAGGGUAAAAAAACGAUACUUUGUCAAUUAUGGCUUCAGUCCCCAUCCCUGUGCAUCAUCACUAAUACCUAAAACACGACUAUGAUACUAGAUUAUUCAUGUUUU